GUUGGUGCGUGGGUGAGUUGCUGUGGCGAUGUCGGGCCGCGGGAAGCAGGGAGGCAAAGCGCGCGCCAAGGCCAAGUCGCGCUCGUCCCGCGCCGGCCUCCAGUUCCCUGUGGGUCGCGUCCACCGCCUGCUGCGUAAGGGUAACUACGCCGAGCGCGUGGGCGCCGGGGCGCCCGUCUACAUGGCGGCGGUGCUGGAGUACCUGACGGCCGAGAUCCUGGAGCUGGCGGGCAACGCUGCCCGCGACAACAAGAAGACGCGCAUCAUCCCGCGCCACUUGCAGCUCGCUAUCCGCAACGAUGAGGAGCUCAACAAGCUGCUGGGCAAGGUCACCAUCGCGCAGGGCGGCGUGCUGCCCAACAUCCAGGCCGUGCUGCUGCCCAAGAAGACAGAGAGCCACAAGCCCAAGGGCAAGUGAGGGCGCCGCGGCCGCGCCUGCCUGAUUGCCUUCGCGCUCUCCCUCCCCCCACAAAGGCUCUUUUCAGAGCCGCCCAAGUGUUCGCGACAGAGCUGCGGUCCUGGCCGAGGGGCGGAACCUCGCGGUGUAAUGAGCUGGGUG